AUGAUAUCGUAUCAAUCCAACAGCCAAGCCCAGCAACACCAUCCCUCCCAGCCAGAUCUUUAUCCGGUACAUCACCGAGACAAGAUUGACACGAUUGACCCUACCGACGAGUUCCACCACCUUGUCCGGGCAUUGUCCGAGGUCCUUGGCCCUUCAUCAGGCAUCGACUCUGCCGAUGUCGACGAGAAUGAUCUGAUACGACUCAUGGAAGAAUACCACUCGAACGAAUCCCACUGGCAACCAUAUGCCUUUGCCGACUUGACGCGGAACUACACCCGUAAUCUGGUGGAUGAGGGAAAUGGCAAGUCUAAUCUUCUCGUCGUCGUCUGGAACCCAGGGAAAUGUAGUCCAAUACAUGACCACGCCGACGCCCAUUGCGUUAUGAAACUCCUCAAAGGGAGCCUCAAGGAGACUCUGUACGACAAACCUCAUCUGUGUGACGCUUCUGAACUUUCGGGGGCCACGACGCCUCCACGAGUCGUCAAAGAGACCAUUUACACUGAGAAUCAAGUCACCUACAUCUCGGACCAGCUCGGCCUGCACAAGAUUGCCAAUGUCUCGGACACAGACGUCGCUGUCUCUCUGCACCUCUACACACCUCCCCAUGCGGCAAACUUUGGCUUCAACCUCUUUGAUGAGCGCACCGGCAAGCAGACCCAUAUCAAACAAGCCGGGUUCUACUCCGAUCGCGGAAAGGUGGUUGAGUCCAAGUUUGGGUCAUUUUGA